UAAACCAAAAAAGUGAAAAGAAAAAGAAAGCGAGUUUGCUUUGUUCGUGUGAAGAAAAGUAUAAGCGUUGAAAUGAAAUUGAAGUGAAAAAAUUCAUAGACUCUUCGUCGAAAUUUCUCACAGAUUCUUCACUUUCCCUUCGGAAUUUUAUCUCUGAUAGCUUUUAUAUCCACUCUCCUCUUCAAACGAAUCCAUCACUCUAGUAAUUCACUACACUUUCCUCUUUUUCUCUUUCGUAUUAUUCUCUUUUUUAAAAGGAUUUAACGGAUAACCGAAUCUGUUUGUAUGCUGAGAAAACGAAGUUAAAGAAGUUGAGGUUUUAUAAUUGGGUAAGAAGACUACACAAUAACACAAGUGCUACUGCAAGAUUAUUUUCUUUUCUUUCACUUUGUUAUCGAGCAAACAAGGAGAUUGUGAUUGAGAAAUUAAGAAUGAAAACGAGGUAUAUGGAGAGAUCGAAUAGUAUGGCGAUGGAGAAACGAAGCUUAGAUUCAAGUGCGAGUGAGGAAGAUCAACCUGAAAGGAAACGACCUGCUUUGGCUAGUGUAAUUGUUGAAGCCUUGAAGGUGGACAGUCUGCAGAAACUUUGCUCGUCACUGGAGCCUAUUCUACGAAGAGUUGUUAGUGAAGAAGUGGAACGCGCUUUAGCAAAAUUAGGCCCUGCCAAUUUUAGUGAGAGAUCUUCUCCCAAGCGCAUAGAAGGCCCUGAUGGAAGAAAUUUACAGUUACAAUUCAGGACCAGGUUAUCCCUUCCCCUCUUUACUGGUGGGAAAGUGGAGGGGGAGCAGGGCACUGCCAUACAUAUUGUUUUGAUUGAUGCAAACACAGGCCAUGUUGUCACAUCUGGUCCAUCGUCAUGUGUCAGACUAGAUAUUAUUGUACUUGAAGGGGAUUUCAAUAAUGAGGAUGAUGAUACUUGGAGUGAAGAAGAAUUUGAGAGCCAUGUUGUGAAAGAGCGAGAAGGAAAAAGGCCUCUUCUGACUGGUGAUCUGCUAGUGACACUGAAGGAGGGUGUAGGAACACUGGGCGAUCUUACAUUUACAGACAACUCUAGCUGGAUAAGGAGUCGGAAGUUCAGACUGGGGCUAAAAGUUUCCUCGGGUUGUUGUGAGGGAAUGCGUAUUCGUGAAGCCAAAACAGAGGCUUUCACUGUUAAGGAUCACCGCGGAGAAUUAUACAAGAAACACUAUCCACCUGCCUUGACUGAUGAGGUCUGGAGAUUGGAGAAGAUUGGCAAGGAUGGGUCCUUUCACAAAAGGCUAAAUAAAGCAGGAAUAUGUUCUGUUGAGGAUGUCCUUCGACUUGUGGUUAGAGACCCACAAAGAUUGCGGAAUAUUCUCGGGAGUGGCAUGUCAAAUAAAAUGUGGGAGGUUCUCGUUGAGCAUGCGAAGACUUGUGUCCUAAGUGGAAAACUCUAUGUAUACUAUCCUGAUGAUGCAAGGAAUGUUGGUGUUGUUUUCAAUAAUAUCUAUGAGUUGAUUGGCUUAAUCACGAAUGACCAAUACUACUCUGCCGAUUCUCUCUCUAAUAGUCAAAAGGUUUAUGUGGACACAUUGGUGAAGAAGGCAUAUGAGAAUUGGAUGCAUGUUAUUGAGUAUGAUGGCAAGUCUCUGCUAAAUUACAAUCAGAAUAGGAAUUUGGGUAUGUCCCAACCUCAGGUUCCAGUGGGUUCCCAUGAUUAUUCUAUUUCAAACUCACUUGAUCAGCAGAUCUCUAUCCCAAGUUUACCUGUUCCUGUACCUACAGGACAACCUUCAAUGGAUCCAUCUGCAACAGUUGGAGGUUAUCAUCACGGUACGACUACCGGAUUCUCAAUCCAACCACAUAAUUCUAAUCUUAAUUCUUCUAUUCAGUUUGGUAAUACUGCAUUCCCUCUACAAAACCUGCUGACGAGUGCUUCACACCAAUCUCAACUUCCAACAAAUGACAAUGAGCUGUCACUUGGUCCCCCACAAUCAGCCACUCCUGGCUUUCAGACUGUUGGCAUUUCAGAUCCUACUUACAGAGGAUUUGAAGACUUCUUCCCAGAAGAAGAUAUUCGUAUGAGAAGUCAUGAGAUGCUAGAAAAUGAAGAUAUGCAGCAUCUGCUCCGUAUUUUUAAUAUGGGAGGGCAAUCUCAUUCUUCCUUUAAUGCUCCUGAAGAUGGAUAUCCUUAUUCAUCUCCUUACAUGCCUGCAACCUCCAUCAACUACAACAUGGACGAUGAGCGAAACCGUUCCUCGGGAAAGGCUGUUGUGGGAUGGCUCAAGCUUAAGGCAGCUUUGAGAUGGGGCAUUUUUGUUCGGAAGAAAGCUGCUGAGAGACGGGCACGGCUUGUUGAGCUGGAUGAAUCAUAGAAUAUGAAAUAGGAGCCAUCUCCUAUGCGAUGAUCUGAGCAUAGCGUCAAAUGCUCCUUUUCUGACAUUUCUGAGUCACUAUCAUGCUGAAGUUUAGUAGCAUGAGUAGACAUCAUAUCUUGAUUGAAUUAAUUUUUGCAGCUUUAACUUAAAGCUCCCACCGUGCCUUCACAAAUUGUUGUGCAGCAACCUCUGCCUGUACAGGAAUAUGUUUUACUUGUGAUGUUUUUCCACUCUGUAGUCUAUCCUGCUCGAUAUAAAAACCUGACAGUUUUUACCACCUGGUUUAAACUGAAGAGACUGCAGCCGCUUGAAAUGCCUAGGGUAUCGGUCUGGAAACUAGGAAAACUAGGCUACUUUGUAUACAUUUAGCAGGAUUUACUGAAUUUUGUGUUAUAUAUAGACUAUACAUUACAUGGGUUAAAGUUGAACCUAACUGGUGUGUUUUGUGUAAUUAUGAUCAACACUAGAUUGCUGGAUUUGGAAGUGCUGUUUGCUUGUUUGAUUUAUGAAUUUAUUAUCAGCAGACUGUUGAGUUUGCACGCCUUUGCCAUGUCA